AUGACGGCGCGUUCCUUCUUACUAGCUUUCCGAAAAUUCACGGCUAGACGAGGACCCGUCUCGGUGAUGUACUCGGACAACGCGCAAACGUUCCGUUGUUUUGACCGAUUUCUGAGAACUAUUCACGCUGAUCCCAUCAUUCAAGAUUUCCUCGCGUCCAGAAAAACCCUUUGGAUAUUUUCCGCCAGCCUAGCGCCAUGGUGGGGAGGAUUCUGGGAACGGAUGGUGAGGAGCUUCAAGGAUCUGCUGCGACGCUCCAACGGUCGAGCCUGCCUUGACUACAUGGAACUUGAAGCGAGUUUAGCAGAAAUCGAGAGCGUAAUCAACGCCCGCCCACUCAGCUAUAUUGGGGAAGGAGCUGACAAUCCACUUCCGAUAACUCCAAACCAAUUUCUAAACAACAGACGUUCUACUCGCGCCGAUCCGGAGCCAGCCGUUAACUUGCUAGCUCCAACAUCGACCAGCAUCGUACUACAAGAGAUGGACAAGAACAGGAGGGAAUAUGUCGCUGACAUCUGUGCUCGAUUCGUCGACGAUUAUCUACUCCAACUAGACAACUUCCACUCCAAAGGAAAAUCCGGAAGGAAGAUCCGCCUAGGAGAAGUCGUCGUUAUCCACGACGAAAACUCCAAACGACUCAUGUGGUCUACCGGAGUAGUGAAGGAAUUGAUUCCAAGCCGCGACGGACUCAUCCGCUCUGUCAUGCUCAAGGUUCCAAAUGGUAAUAUAAUUAAUAGAGCCAUUCAAUGUCUUCACCCCAUAGAGCUGCGAGAAGACCUCGCCGAGGACGUCGAAAUUGGAAAUCCGGAACCGAUCCAGGAGCCGGAAGAGGAUCCAAACCCGACUCUGCCAGAACAAGAAAUCGAUCUCGCUGUCGGAGACGCUACGCCAGCUACCGAAGAACCGGACGACGUCGUCGAAGAUGUCGAGCCGGAUGCUACGGGCUCUGGUGGGGAGUGUGUUAGGAAUAUUCCAUUCCAACAGACGACGACGAGAUCCGGGCGCCGCAUAACAACACCGGCGCACCUACGCGACUAUUGCCUAGGGGGCCCCCGAUAG